CGGAGAGCCGAGCCGCUGCUGCUGCGGCGGCGGCAGCCAAGGCUUGAGUGGUGGGGAGGUGGGUCCCCGCGCUCCGGCGCCGGGGCAGCCUCAGGGCCCUCUCCGACGCUUGCGGAGCAGCUUCUGGGGAGGCGGUGGUGCCUGUGGCGGUUUUAACCACGACCUUGGCCAAACCAAACCGGCUCUGUGGACCUAGGGCGGAGGCCGAGUCCGGGCAGGAGUCUGCCGAGCCGGAGGGAGGCGCAUCUGGCGCUUCGGUACCAGCGGCCGCCGGGGGCUUGAGCUGUUGGAGAAGCGCAGUGGGAGCUGGGAAGAGCCAGCUCGUCUGGAGGGCGGACCCCAGCGUCCAGGAACCCAGCCUCAGGCACAGCAAGGGGCUAAGCCACGCGUCUUUUCCGACAGCCAGUUUCACGCGCGCCAGUUUGAGAUUCCAGGCAUUCCAGUAAGCACCAGCACCGAGGCGCAGGUAUCGGAAACACGGAGCCAAAUCCUUUGCGCCCAGGUCACCUCUCAGACCUAGCCUUGCUGGGAUCAGGGCUUCAGGACUCACCAACCCAAACGCCAGGUCAGACCUCGAGCCCGCAGGAGCGCGAGCCCCACCCUAAGGAGAGAGCGCAGUCGGGAGCCGGGAAGCGGGUGCAGUGCGCGCGCGGUUGGGUUGUGGGCGCCGUCCUAGUGGCGGGGAGCGCACAGCCGGGAGGACAUGAGAUCGGAGAAAUCCCUUACGCUGGCGGCGCCGGGGGAGGUCCGUGGGCCGGAGGGGGAGCAACAGGAUGCUGGAGACUUCCCGGAGGCCGCCAGCGGCGGGGGCUGCUGUAGUAGCGAGCGGCUGGUGAUCAAUAUCUCCGGGUUGCGCUUUGAGACACAACUGCGCACCCUGUCGCUGUUUCCCGACACACUGCUUGGGGACCCCGGCCGCCGAGUUCGCUUCUUUGACCCACUGAGGAACGAAUACUUCUUCGACCGCAAUCGGCCCAGCUUCGAUGCCAUCCUAUACUACUAUCAGUCGGGGGGCCGCCUGCGGAGGCCAGUCAACGUGCCCCUCGACAUCUUCAUGGAGGAGAUCCGCUUCUAUCAACUGGGGGACGAAGCCCUGGCGGCCUUCCGGGAGGACGAGGGCUGUCUGCCCGAAGGCGGAGAGGACGAGAAGCCGCUACCCUCCCAGCCCUUCCAGCGCCAGGUCUGGCUUCUUUUUGAGUAUCCUGAGAGCUCUGGGCCCGCCAGGGGCAUCGCUAUUGUCUCGGUGUUGGUCAUUCUCAUCUCCAUCGUCAUCUUUUGCCUCGAGACCUUGCCCCAGUUUCGUGCAGAUGGUCGCGGUGGAAGCAAUGAUGGUGGUGUGAGCCGAGUGUCCCCAGUUUCCAGGGGGAGUCAGGAGGAGGAGGAAGAGGAAGAUGAUUCCUAUACAUUUCAUCCUGGCAUCACCUCUGGUGGCAUGGGGACAGGAGGUUCGUCCUCACUUAGUACUCUUGGGGGCUCCUUCUUUACAGAUCCCUUCUUUCUGGUGGAGACUCUGUGCAUUGUUUGGUUCACUUUUGAGCUCCUGGUGCGCUUCUCUGCCUGCCCCAGCAAGCCAGCCUUCUUCCGCAACAUCAUGAACAUCAUUGACUUGGUGGCCAUCUUCCCCUACUUCAUCACCCUGGGCACUGAACUGGUGCAGCAGCAGGAGCAGCAGUCAACCAGUGGAGGGGGUGGCCAGAACGGGCAGCAGGCCAUGUCCCUGGCCAUCCUCAGGGUGAUCCGCCUGGUUCGGGUGUUCCGCAUCUUCAAGCUCUCCCGCCACUCCAAGGGGCUGCAGAUCCUGGGGAAGACCUUGCAGGCCUCCAUGAGGGAGCUGGGACUGCUCAUCUUCUUCCUCUUCAUUGGAGUCAUUCUCUUUUCCAGUGCCGUCUACUUCGCAGAGGCUGAUGAUGAUGAUUCACUCUUCCCCAGCAUCCCAGAUGCCUUCUGGUGGGCAGUGGUUACAAUGACCACAGUGGGUUAUGGAGACAUGUACCCCAUGACUGUGGGGGGCAAGAUCGUGGGAUCGCUGUGUGCCAUUGCUGGGGUCCUCACCAUUGCCCUACCUGUGCCAGUCAUCGUUUCCAACUUCAACUACUUCUACCACCGGGAGACAGAGCAGGAGGAGCAAGGCCAGUAUACACAUGUCACUUGUGGGCAGCCUACACCAGACCUGAAGGCAACCGACAAUGGACUUGGCAAGCCCGACUUCUCUGAGGCCCCCCGGGAACGGAGGCCCAGCUACCUUCCCACACCACAUCGGGCAUAUGCAGAGAAAAGGAUGCUCACAGAGGUUUGACCCAUGCGGGCAGGGCCUGCAGGAGAAGGGGUGUACUGAGCGAACUAACUCUUAGGCUUCUUUCUCAUCCUCACUACUCUCACCCUAGCUCCAGUUGACCUCUUGACUCUCUCCCCCUACACCUUUACAUGGCAUCCAGGACCAAAUACCUGGACUGUCAUCCUUGUUGCUUGAUCUGUACAGCAUUCAAGGUUUAUCCAUCUAAGUGACAUUUUUGAAAUUGCAACGGUGCCACCCAAUCAUGUCCAUCUUGUGUCACGUGGAUGAGAUAUACGUUCUGUCUGAUCUUCCCUCAAGAUUCCGAUUUUUUGUGUCUGGAAUUUGUAAUAUCUUUAGGAGCAGCAAUGUCAAUAGGAUGAAAACCAGCCAUACUUGGUCCUAUCACUCUCCUUAUUGUCCUUUGCUUUGGGGGGCAUGUACUUGUCUUAGUUUCUUGAUAACUGGUGGAAGCUGGAAGAUGGAAACAAUACUCAAUGUGCCGUUUUAUUCCAUGCCCUGUAACAUCUGCUGGUCAUCCUGCAGAGCACCCUUUAUAGAGUCUUAGUUCUACAGCCUCAAAAUAUGUUAUCCAUUUCUAAUCCUGGAUGGAAUGAAAGAAAAUACAACUACAGUGGAUGAUCUGGAGGACAAGAGGGUCAGUCCUGGACCAAAAGGGCCAAUGUAUUCUUGCAGCUGUGAUCUGGCACAGGAGACACUGGUCUUUGGUCUGCAUUUAGUCCUCCCCACUCUUAUCCCUGACUCUCUCUUGAGCUUCCAGGAAGGUUCCUUCUCAGAGCCAAAUACUCUUUUUGUGCAAGUGCCUUCCUGUGCAGAGGAACUGGAAAUAGGAACUAAUGAGCCAGGAGAAUACAGUCAAGCAACUGGUUUGAUCCCAAACCUGAAGCAAGGUGCCACUAGGCAGAGAUUGUCAUCUUGGAGGGGGCAGAGGAAUCUUUUUGCAGAUGUCAAAUUUUUUUCUCCCUCAUUUCACCAGAACCCUCUCUGGCCUUCCGCUCUUCUUCCUGGGAAUUUGACUUAGGAUUGCAGGUGAAGGCUUUCUAAAGCAACUUUGUAGACAGGUGAAAACAUGAAUCGAUUGCCAGUUUCUUCCCAUUUUAUGGGUAAGGACGUAUGUUGUUUAGAUUGAGGAACAAGCAUUAUUCCUUUGCUGACAACCCCACUGGUAGAGGUUUUUGCUGAGUCAAGCAAACAUUCACCUGCUCUGCCCUCUGAAGCUGCAUCUGGCCUGCUCUAACUGGUAAGGUAACCUGGUGGGGCUCCCACCUGGACUCGGUCAUCCUUUUUCAUUUCUUCCAUUGUGAAACUACUUCAAUCCAUCCCACCUGUCUGCUUCCCCUCGUCUUUCCCCAGUAACAUUGCCAUUUGUUUCUUGCCUUUGAUAAACUGUGAUACACUGUUUGGAUCUCUUCUGGGUGUAGUUAUGAAACUGAAAGGACUGUUAAAAUGCUUUUAAUUUUAUAACCAUGCUUUAAGACUCUUUGAUGAGAAUUUUUAAAAAAAAUUCCCAAAGAGCAACUUUUGAGGGACAGCCUUUGAGUGUUUGGUUGAUAGGCAGUGUGGCUUCUGCGAGUGCCAGAUUGAAAUCUGGAUUUUGCCACAACUUUACAGGGUAACUUUGGCACCCAGUCCCUCUUUGUGCCUCCAUUUUCCCCCCAUUAAAUGGGAACAUUAAUGUCUUCCCCUCCCUACCUCAUGGUGUAUGUGGAUGAACUCAUCUGGGAAGCUGGGGGACAACACUGUGCACAUGUGUGAAUUAUAGUAGUUGAUUUGCUUUUUAGUUCAUUAUCCUGUCUCCCCACCUGCCAGAAGUAAGACCUUCCCCAGAAUUUCUGCCUUGGACCCAAAGCCCAAGAAUAGCCAUUUAUUAUGAGCUCUUCACUCCCUGAAUCCCUCCUUGGGCUCUUGGGUUGGCCUCAGUUUUUUUUUUUCUUACCCUUCGGAAUGAAGGAUGUUCUUUUAGACAGGCUGGGUAGAUCCUUUUAGGGUUGGAGGUCACCUUGCCUGGGGGAUUGGCUUCUCCAAACCUGAAAUACAGUGGGAGACAGAGGUGUUUAUGAUUCAGAAACCUGUUCCAAGGUCAGGAAGUGCUAUUUUUCCAAAUCUCUUGUUACUCCUGGCUUUUUGGGAAAAGAGGAGCCCACAUCAGUGGCUAAAGGGAGCCCCCGCUGUGUGUGAAUGUUGGGACAUGUAUGCAUGUAUCUGUAGAUAUGUGAAUUGAUCAUGCUCAUCAUCAUCCCUGAGCAAACACUGCCUUUUCAAGUCAGAGCAUGCCUGGAAGUAAAAGGUUUGUGGAGAGCUGGGAUCUCUAGGGACUCCGGUUGCCGUAGCAACCUUCCAGACUGUUCUCUGUCUUCUGAUUUGGGCAUCAGGGGAGAACAGAGUACAUAUUUCCAGCUUCUCAACUGGGAGCACCUUCUACUGUUGGUUUAGGGGCAGGAACAACCAGGACAGGGCUAUAGGACCUGGGAAAAUGUGGAGGAAACUAAACUUCCUGAACUUCCUCCUUGGAUUCUUCCUGGUUUCCCCGACUGUCCUUGAAGCUGCCUCAUCUUACCCCUGAGUCUUCAGAAACUUGAAUGCAAAGCAGCUGCCCAGUUAAGCCAACGUCAAUAUUUUAAAAAUGACAAGAGGAGCCCUCGGAAGGGACAACACAUUCCUCCAGAAGCAGCCAGGCUGGGCCUUGCCGAGAACAGUGCUGGCCUAGGUGUCAUGGAGUUCUCAUUUCCUCAGACAGAGGAUCUUCUCAGCUCUAAGACAGACGGAGAGACAUGAAGCCCUUCUUCCCAGGGAGCAGUCGAGCUCCUGGGAGGGAUCUCUUAGUUCUUCUUAAGACAUGGAAGAAAAAUGGAGAGACUGUGGCCCGACCUAGUUUCUGUAAAGGAUUUUGUCCAAUGGCCCCUCUCUGACUCUGAACCUCUUUAUGUGGAUGUUGUGACCUAAGCAUCAGGAGCACUGUGUGUUGUUGGCCCAGCUGGGAUGGGGACUCACAGCUGCCAGGAAAGGUGGACUCCAAUCCAUCUUUACAUCUGACUGGAGCCGGCAGGGGUUCCCAGAGGACUUCCUGGGAUUGUCAGCCUCAUCCUGAACUGAAGGAUACUCCUCCUGCUGGCGCAUCCCCAAGGAGUGAAGAGGGACAGCUGGCUGUUUUUGUACCUGAGGGAAAAUGUGGGCACAGUGGUCCUAGAAAGGAGACUGAUGCAUACAUUUCUGGUAGUGGCUGGACAGAGAAGACUUGAACCCUCAACUUCCCUGGAAGACGAGACCCCUCCUUGGAUGAUCCUGCCUGAUGCUCCUCUGGUGACCUUGCACAAGCAACAAUCAGGAUAGAAAGUGUUGAGAUCGGAACCCCUGGAGUCAAAGAUGGGGCCUGGAAUGUUGGGGUGAGGCUGUAGGAAGAGGGUGAAUGCUGGUGGUGCUAUCAAAAAAGGCAAGGUAUGGGGAGGACUGGAGAUUCCAGAAAGUGCAUGGCAGUGCCGCGAACCCACCCAGGAGCAGGUGGCUGUGGAAAAGUAACAAAUAAAUAAAUGGCAGUCUCAGAAGCUGUGUGUUACACUAUGAAAAUGUCAACUGCUGAGUUCAGUAGACACUCAAGUGGUUUUGACAAAAGCAGGCAGAUAGCCAAGACGCCAGGUUCCCUGACCAGUUUCCCAGCUGUCAUCACUAUGCGUGAGCAUGUGCUGGGCACCCACAGACAAAGGGCUUGAUCCUCCUCUGCAGGUCACUAUAGACAGGGGACAUUUUCUAAGAAGGUAAGACAUACCAACCAUAUCUAGAGGUUAUCUGCCUCUUACAUCUACAGGACUGGACGAAUAUCAAGGACAGAGUUGUCUUUCACAUGCCUUCCCAGAACCCAGAGGACACCAUGUGCAGGGUCUCCUGGGUUCAGAGAGGACAACCUUUCUAGUCAACUACAUUGCUCCCUCUUGUAGUUGACAGCUGCUCAUCCUUGAUUGUUCUCUGCAGAAGGACAGCAGUCUUACUUCUGGGAAGUCCCUUGACAACCAAUCCUAUGCUCUUCCAGGAUCUCUGGAGGGGGACAUUCCCAUUGGUAACCAUUCAUCCAAGUGUCUUUCCCUGCUGGUGACAAAACACAUUAGGGUGAUUUUCUUGUACUGGAUUUAUGUUCCCAAUUAGAUGUUGCUGGUUCCGUUUGUGUUAGUGUUUAGACCCUCCCAGGGCUGUCCCAAGUACUAGACCCUCACGAUCCUACUGCAGGGACUGGACUCUGAGUCACAUUUCACCACAGGUCUCACAGAGCACCUGCCACGGAACUUCCCUCAUAAAUGUCUGGUGAACUCAUGAGCAAGACAAUGAAUGAAGUGCUGACUCUGGUUAAUAAAUGAGUUUAAAACACAUACAAAUAAUCAAGUGCUUGCAAAUUGUUGAAUCCACACACUCCAUUUCACCAGGCUUCCCCUCCUACCUGUGAAGGCCUACUUCUCAAACUGUGUCUAAUGUCUGUUUGUUCAUCAAGUACCGACUAUGUGCUGGGCAUUUUUCUGGGUGCCAGAGAUUCACUAAAUGAAUACCAGGAAUGAAAAGGCUAGGUUCUGGUGGGGAGAGACAGACAAUUGAUACAAUAAGUAACUGAACUAUAUUGUGUGCUAUGUUGAUUUGCAAUAGAGGAAAAUCAGGAAAUGGGUGUGUGUGUGUGGAGAUCAGGUUAAAAUAGGGAAGCUAGAGAAAUCCUGACCUAGAAGGUAGUAUUUGAGUAAAGAACAGGGUGAGCCAUGUAGCUAUCUGGAGGGAACAUUCUAACCAGAGUGAGUAGCAUAUGCUCAGGCCAUGAGGUCCGAGCAUUGCUGGCAUGUUCUAGGAGCAGUGAAGAGGCCAUGUGACUGGAGGACAGUAAGCAGCCAGGGGAGCAUCAGGAGAUGGGGCCAGAGAGAGCUGGGCAAUGGAGGGGGAGGCCCGGGGCCUUGUGGAACUUUGCUUAUGCACUGAACUGGGCGGGGAGCCAUUCCUGCAGUUUUGAGCGGAGAAGUGGUCUGACUGGACUUCAGUGUUAAUGGAAUUACUGGGUAGGAGACUAGACAAAUAACCUAGCAGGGAUCUGAUGGUGGUUUGGACCAGGCUGUGGCAGUGGAGGUGGUGAGAUGUAGACCCAUUCUGAAGAUUUUGGAGGGAGUGUCAACAGGAAGAAUUAGCUGUGGGGUGUGAGAUGACUCUAAAGUUGUGGAUCUGAGUGACACAUGGAAGAAAAGAAAGGCAGCUAAGCCAGCAACAGGGACCCAGAGGCUGGAUCCCCUCCCCAGCUGCUGCUGGAGAGCAGAUGAGCCCCUCCCAGGGGCUGGGCUGCCCCACAACCCUCAGGUGGAGGAGCAGGCUCUGCCCCCUGCAGACUCCUCCCCACAUUUCAGAGCAGGUACACUGAAGUUUGUCUCCCAGUCCCACCUCUUUCUCUCAAGGAAGAGCCAGUGGGAGGGGGCAGCUGUUGUCUCCCUUGCCCCAUCUGUCUUCCUGACCCUGUGUCUAGGACAGGAUGCAUCUGAGUUUCCGUGAUUCAAUCUGGUCUCUCACUCUCCUCCGCACGCCCACCCCCGGAUUGUAUUCUUUCACUACCCUCCUCACGUUCCUCUCCCUCCCCACUCAGAGGAGAACACGGCAAAUCUGCUUUCACAGACAAGUGACAGAACACCCAUAAAUGAAGUGGCCAGUGAACCUUAGGGUACCCUCACACCAGGGAACUGCCACCCAAGUCUAGGCCCGCUGGAAUAACAAAGAGACAUCAUCUGGGAGGCUCUCUUUGCACCCAGUCCACUCCUGGAAAUGUCAGGGACUUGACUGACAUGAGUCUAUCUGGGAAGUGACAGGCAGAGUAUUGUCACGUCUAGAGGAAGUCAUACCAAUAUGGAAGCGGGAGGUCAAAAUGUCACGGGCUGGGUGAUGGGUGAGGAAAAGGUGGGGUGCAUGGGUUGCAUCAGCAAAAGAACUCAGUCAUGUUUUUGGGAAAAGAAGGGAAUUCUGAUGAGAGCUUCUGCGGAGGAGCAAGGAGGUCUUGUCCAGAGUGGAUGGUGGAUGGAUAAAGGAGGACAGCUCCUCCUCUGCUGUGAAUAGUAGUGCUGCCCGGGACUGUCCCAACUCUGUGCCUGUCAUUUCAGGAGUGAUUGCUGUCUUCAUUUACAGGGCAAGGUGGCAGAGAACUGAUUUACCAGGUCGGGUUUAGGUGCCUUUGGCAGGCAUUAGAAGGAUUCUGCUUCUUCAGCUCAUGUGGGCUGGCCGAUAACCAGGGAGUGCACAGGGCCAUCAAAUGGGAGACCCCAGUACUAUCCAUCCACUCAUGGACUGGAGAGUCAUAGCAUGGCAGAGGGAAGGAAUUCUGGGCCAUGAAUCUGGAGCCCCAGGAGCCAGAUCUGGCCCUGCUACUAACUCACCGUGUGAGACACAUCAAGACUCUUGCUGCCUUUGAUUCCCUAGUUAGCUCACCUGGGGAGUGAGGAGUUGAACCAGGUGAUCUCCAGUGUUGCUUCCUGCUUAGUAGUUCUGAGAUUUAAAACUGUACAUGAAUGACCUAGGACAAGCUGAUUUCCAGGUCCAUGAUGGAAAAUGGAAGCCCUUUCCUCUUGCCUAGCGAGUUCCAUGUUGAUCCAAUUCUUGUGAUGUUUCAAUACUCUGUGGCAGGAAGUUACAAUAACCAGGUGAAUUUGGUUACUGUUAAAGUGAUUCUGGUAUCCAGGUAAGAAAGGUGGGGUUAUGUCUGCCUAUGGGCCCUAUGACAUAGGGUUGUUGUAAUGAUUAAAAGAGGGAAUAAAAGAAGGGUGCUGACUGGCUGGCAGUAAGCCAGUAUAAGCAUUAACCAUUAUCAUUACUAUUAUGGGAUGGGGCACAUAGACUUUUUCUUCCUGCACAGGAAGAGUGUGUUCCUCAACUUUCAUUUUCACGGGGCUUCCAGGCCAAGCCAAUACCCCAACUGAAGAUGUGGUUGGAGCCUUCGGCUCUGUGGACCACACAGGAUCUUUCUCUCUUUAGCUCCAUCUCAGAAUACAAUACCACCUGGUUGCUGGGGCAGAGUGGGAGAGAUCAGGAUCAGGUGUGUCAGAUGGUGGCCAUGAGAGCAAAGUUCUGUAAUGUUCAUAAAAGUGCUUGCUGUCAGACUCCAGGCGGACGUAGGAGGUUGUGAACAAUGCUUCAGCUUCCUCUUAGAUGAGCAAUAGACUGUGAGCUCAUUUUAGAGUCAUGGUUAUGGAGUCACAGUGUUUGAGAGCAUAACAGAGCUGGGGAUCAGCUGGUUGUCCUGUACAUCGCACCCCCUAACUAAUGGAGGAAAGACAGUCACAGAGAAGUACAAGUGUUUUGCUCCCAGUGUGACAGUAGCUGGAGGAGGCUGCCUGGGGCAGAGAAUCAGCACUGAUCAUGGACCCAUAGGCAGACAGCAGGAGUGACUCUGUAGCCAGAGUCUUCUGUGCUGGAUGUGAUGGAGAAAACCAAACAGCCUCCUCUACAAACAGAACGUGAGGUGACAGUGUGAGAAUCUUUGGGACACACUCCUCACUUCUAUAAUGUUUGGCAGGUUCCUUUGCACCUCCUUCACUGGACAGAGCCACUUUCAAUUUCUGACAACAUGCCACUAGAGGGAGCCACCAUCACCCAGUUUCCCCAAAGCCCCUCAAAGCCGCUGGUGGGGUUUGUCACAGCUCCUCUAGGUUGGAAGGACCCGCCAAACCUGCCGUGCAAAUCUAUUCUGGACUGAUAGUCCACAUCACCCUUCCUCUAGGGCUGUUGGUUUCUCUCCCUGGCAGAGAGGUGCAGCUAGCCAUCCUGUUGUGGUGGAUGUCUAGGGAUAAGUGGGCAAUGAGCUGCCCUUGGAAGUGUUAUUUCUGUGUAGAUGUUACAGGUUGUCAUAUCCCCUGGACUGUGAAAGCAGGUGGCAAUCUCAAGAGCUCUGUGGGGCAUACCGUGUGGAAUGCCCCCAAUCUUCUGGAAAGGGCAAUAGAGUAGCCAGAAGCAGAAGGACACUGCCUUGAAAGCUCCACACAGAGGACUGACAUCCUGGGAACUUUGACCCAGUUUUCUCUCUGUGGAGGGAAAUUAUCCAUAGGGACCAGGAGAUGACAAAGCAAAGAGAUCAGGUGUCUUUUAGAAAAAUGAUUUUCCAGUUCAAAUACCAGUUGGUCACAGAGAUUUUCUGGAAUCCCACAGGCUAAGAAUCAGGUCCAAUUAUUUAGAAGCAUUAUCUGGUAACUGGACCUGGAGUCAGGAGGAGACAGAUAGAAAGGUGAUCCUGUGUACUGUUCCCACCAGUGCAAGUCUACUCUGGGCCUCAGGUUCCUUGUCAAGCAGGGAGUUGAUUCAAAGUCCUUCCUGCAAUGGUGGUAUGUUCAGUUUGUCCUUCUGCAUUGUGGAGCAUUGGUCACCAGUUUUCUGCAAAUUGGAAUCUAUUAAAAGUGCCCCCUCCCCUACAUAAAUAUCUUUUUAAAAUACCAGUAAAAAUAAAAUUAUAUUGGCCUCUUGGAAUGAGUCAAAUGAUCCUGAGCUCUUCCUUGCUUAAGUGUUAAAAAGUAAUUGAUGAAUUUCACAGCAACAGACUGGAAAAGUCUGAAAGCAGGAAUAAAGUUAAGACUUUCUGUUUUCAACCCGCAUGCCCUCUAGUUUCUUUAGGGCCUGCUUACCGUGGGCCAGUGCCAAUGAAUAGGGGCUCUUUGAAGUUGCCUCACAGGCUGGUGACAGGUUUCUCACUUUUAAUUUCCAAGAUUUGCCUCCCAAAGAUGCCUGAAUGGCCAGACUCCAUUCCAAGAUGGACUUAGAUGAAAAAGAAAGUGAAUGAUAAGGGGAGGAAGAGGGGAAUCUAGAAACACACCUGGAAGGUCUAUUUUGCUCCUGGAAGGUCUUUAAUGCAUUAUUGAUUAUUACUAUUAUUGAUUGGCAUAAGGAAGAAGUAUCUUUCAGAUUCUUUCUGUUCAGCUCUUUAAUAAUAAAAUGAGGUUUCUGGAGAGUAAUAGGAACAAAUUACCUCAGAUGCUUGUUCUAGAUCAGUUCUUCCCUUUCUUCCUCGUGGAUCAGAAUCAACUAGAGAACUUCUUAAGAUGCAGACUCCUGGGCUCUAACCCCAAGAGGUAACGCCUGGGUAGGGAUGAGAAGGGGCCCACUAAUGAAAAUUCCAUCAAUCUCCCAGGCAGUGCUGGUGCUGCAGGUCAGGGGAAGACGUUGUGUGUUACCCCCUGGAGCACAGUGAGGACACCGGGUUGUCAUCUACGGCCUUGUGCAGGGCAGUGGUCUCUAUAAUAAUAACCUGUGUU